AUGGAAGACUAUGAGGUAACAGAAAUUAAAGAUCUAAUCACUCAUUUUGCUUCAUUUUCAGAUUACGAUCUUAUAACUUUUCAAAGUAUCGUCAAAGAUGCAAAAUGGCAUAAGACAAUGGAUGAUGAAAUUGAAGCCAUUGAAAGAAAUGAAAUAGUGCAAUCAGCUAAUGAAAUUUUUAUUUCUCAAAAGAAGUAUGCGCAAGAAAUUUUGGACAGAUUUCAGCUAAAGGUUUGCAAUCCUGUAAGCACUCUAACUGAGUUUGGCUUGAAGCUAAACCAAGAUUAUGAAGGGAAGAAGGUGGACAAUUCAAUUUACAAGCAAAUUGUUGACAGUUUGAUGUAUUUAACACUGACAAUGUCAGACAUAAUGUGUUCUAUAAGUUUAAUAAGUAGAUAUAUGGAAAAUCUAACAGAAAUAGAUUUGUUAGUUAUCAAGAGAAUCCUUCGUUACUUACAAGGAACUAAAGAUUUUGAGUUAUUCUACAAGAAAGGUGAAAAGUUAGAGUUGUUCAGGUUUAUUAACAAUGAUUAUACAGGAGAUCAAGAUGAUAGAAGGAGCACUUCAGGUUAUGCUUUUAUAUUGGGCACAGGGGCUAGGGGUGAGCAAAAGUUCGGUUAA